AUGCCUGUGACCGGAGCGGGAAUCCACCAGACUGGAGGCACCUCAUCAGCAUCUCCCACAGAGGGAAAGCACGCCAACAUGAACUCGCAGCCCGACAACGGCCACCAGCAGCAGUCUGAUAACGGGGGUAACCAGCUGGGUCAAAACCAGAACCAAAAACCACAGCAUGUAGACGGACCGGAGACGCAGGCCCUGCCAAUGCCAGUCCCAGACCCCCACAUUCAGUACACUAAGUUGUUCAUCAAUAAUGAGUGGCAUGAAUCCAGCAGCGGAAGAAAGAUUCCUGUGUAUGAUCCCGCCACAGAGAAGCUGCUGUGUGAAGUGGAGGAGGCUGAUCCUGAAGACGUGGACAAGGCGGUGAGGAGUGCCAGGGCCGCCUUCCAGAUGGGGUCACCAUGGCGAUCCAUGGACGCGUCCGACCGAGGUCAACUAAUUAACAGACUUGCUGACUUAGUGGAGAGAGACCGGCUGCUCCUGGCAACACUGGAGGCUCUGGACUCUGGCAAAGUGUUUCUCAUGGCAUAUUUUGUCGAUCUGAUGGCCACAAUUAAAACCUUGAGAUAUUAUGGCGGCUGGGCGGACAAGAUUCACGGCAAAACCAUCCCCGUAGAUGGAGAUUAUUUCACUUACACACGACAUGAGCCCAUUGGAGUAUGUGGCCAGAUCAUUCCUUGGAACUUCCCGGUGAUGAUGUUUGCGUGGAAGAUUGCUCCUGCUCUGUGCUGUGGGAACACUGUAGUCAUAAAACCUGCCGAACAAACCCCAUUAUCGGCCCUGCACAUGGCUGCGCUUAUCAAAGAGGCUGGGUUUCCUCCGGGAGUGGUGAACGUGGUGCCAGGUUAUGGACAGACAGCAGGCUCCGCCAUUUCCCACCACAUGGACAUCGACAAAGUAGCCUUCACUGGAUCUACUGCUGUUGGGAAACUCAUCCAGAAAGCUGCAGGUGAAAGCAACCUGAAAAGAGUUACACUAGAACUCGGUGGAAAAAACCCAAACAUUGUGUUUGCUGACUGUGACUUAGAGUAUGCAGUGGAGCAGGCCCACAGUGGCCUCUUCUUUAACCAGGGCCAGUGCUGUCUGGCUGGAUCCAGAGUGUUUGUAGAGGAGCCAAUCUACGACGAGUUUGUCCUCCGCAGUGUGGAGAAGGCCAGAGGGAAAGUCCUGGGGAGUCCAUUGCUGCCCGGGGUUGAUCAAGGGCCACAGAUUGACCAGAAGCAGUUUGAUAAGAUAAUGGAGCUGAUCGAGAGCGGAAAGAGGGAGGGAGCUACGCUGGAGUGUGGGGGGUCCGCAUGGGGUCAGCAGGGACUUUUCAUCCAACCCACCGUCUUCUCAAAUGUCACAGACGACAUGCGCAUCGCCAAAGAAGAGAUUUUUGGGCCAGUGCAGCAGAUCAUGUGUUUCCGUAGCACCCGUGAAGUCAUCCAGAGAGCCAACGCCACACACUACGGCCUGGCAGCAGGAGUGUUUACUCACGACAUCGACAAAGCCCUCACGGUCUCCUCUGCUCUGCAGGCUGGCAUGGUCUGGGUAAACUGCUACAAUGCCAUGAGUGCUCAGUGUCCCUUCGGUGGCUUCAAGAUGUCUGGGAAUGGGAGGGAACUGGGGGAAUACGCUCUUCAGGAGUACACAGAGGUCAAGGCAGUCACCAUCAAAAUCUCCCAGAAGAACUCAUAAUACCGUCAUAGCACAGGACUGACUUUCUCCUGUCUUUUUAAUCCUCUGCCAGGCUUCAGAUCUUCCACACACAUUUUGCAAUAGUCAUAUUGCACCCAGAUGUUUUGAAGGCAUCGUCGACUCUGUGUCACUCCAUGAACAUUGUAUGGAGAUGUACCUGUUGUUUUUAUCUUUUCUUCUAGGUUCUCUUGAAAUUCCUGUGACAAUACUGACUUCCUUUUAUCGAUGUUCCUCUUGUGUGCUAUCUCAGAUGUAUUUAACUGUGAACAGCAUGUUCUCUGUAGUGGUGUCUGUUAUGUGUAUGUUAGCUAAAGACAGACUUAAAUAGCACUUUGCCGGAAAAUUAUUAUUUUAAUAGGUGCCAUAUAAAAAAUAGAAAGACAUUUUACAUACGAUACACAUGGAUUUCAAAUGAAAUCAAUAAAACUGUUGACCCAUAUUAGCAACCAGUAAACCUUGCAAUGCAGUCAACAUGUUUUUGUUGUAGUACUACUAGUAGUACAGAUAAAACAUGUCUGUACGCAUUUACUUUACACACAGUCCCAACUCAUCUCCACCUCCAAACUCAGGACGCUAUGGGAUUUGACUGGAGGAUGUAGUGUUCCACAUUGAUUAUAGACUUUUUUUCAGUGGAUAUUAUACUCAAUUAAAGUGGCAAUCGCUGUGAAGUGAAUGUUGAUUGCACAUGUAAUGGUUGUAGAAUAAUGACACGAUCAGCGAUUAGAUUG